AUGCAAAGGAUCCCCAUUCCAACAAGUAAUAACAGCAGGAUCGAUCGCAAAAAAACUGAUCGCCAUCUUCAUGGCUUUCGCGGGAAGCUCGACAACUUCCUGCAAAGCAAUUUUUGCGAGUACACGGUGGCCGUCAUCAUUGUGGUGAACGCGGCCAUGUUCGGUGUCCAAGCAGAUUAUGCUGUCAAACACCCCUUCAGUGAUUCACCUCCGGCCUUCGACUAUAUCAACCUCUUCUUCAACGUGUUCUUCAUCUCUGAGCUAUCGCUUCGACUGACUGCUUACGGCCUCUCCUUUGUCUCUUGCUGGAAUCCCGACUUCAAGUGGAAUAUUUUGGACACUGCUUUGGUCUCGCUGUCCAUUUUCGAAGAAGUCUACGGCCGGAUCUUUAUGGAUGACGACAGCGGCAGGCACUUGGAUAUGACAUCGGCGAGGGUGAUGCGGCUGCUGAGGCUAGUACGCGUCAUCCGUGUCUUCCGUGUCCUUCGCUUCUUCAGCGACCUACGCAUCAUGGUCAUGGGUAUCAUGGGCUCCUUCAAAGCUCUUUUUUGGGCACUGCUGCUUCUGUCCAUCAUCAUCUAUGUCACGGGCAUUAUCAUCCUCCAGUUCAUAGCAGACGCCGCCGCCAACGAGCUGGUGGAGUUGGGCCCAGGGCCGGAGUUCGAGGGCAAUGCGAUGUUUAACUCUCUUGAGCGCUGCUGCUUUACGCUGUUCCUUUGCAUCUCAGGAGGCAUCAGCUGGGUGGAGGUCGCAGAACCGCUGAACGAGGUCAACGGGACCAUUCUUGUCCCCCUCCUGACGCUCUACGUGGCUUUCGCCGUGUUCUGCGUGUUGAACAUAGUGACCGGAGUUUUCGUCGAGAGAUCCACUUCAAUGCGCGCAAUGGACGAGGAAAACAUGAUGUUUGAUGAGCUGGAGAGUCGUAAGAAGUGGCUCCGCGAGAUCAGGGCAUUGUUCUCAUCAGCAGACCAGGAUGGAUCCGGACAAGUCGAGUGGCAAGAGUUCGAAGCUGUUAUGGCUGAUUUUCAUGCUCAGACAGCAAUGAAGAAUUUGGGCUUCGAUACCUCUCGGGUGAGCCCCACCGUGCUGUGGAAUCUGAUCGAUUACGACAAUAGUGGCCUCAUUGACAUCGAGGAGUUCGCGGAAGCGUUGAUGAAACUCCAUGGCUCGGCAAAUGCCAUUGACAUCGCUCGCCUGCGACACGACACGCCGCGUCGCUGUACGGGGCAAAGGGCUCUUUUGGGGUUCCGUUCGGUUUUGAAUUUAUGCGGAUGGGAUCCUAUGGGUCUCAGGUUUGGGUUCUGA